AUGUCGAACCCGGCCAACGGCGGAUCCAAUGGGUCCAAGGGGCCCAGUCCCAAGAAGAAUAGAGAUGAGAACACAACUUUGGACGCAGCGCGACAAGCGUCGUUGCUGCCCAAUACUAACUCAAAUACUACGAGACCCACCCAUGGUAGCUCUACGGGGCAGGCCGGUGGAUCUAAUACUAAUACCGAAGGCACGGCCUCGCCGCCUCGUGAAGAGUCGACUCGCACAGAGAACGACACGAGUCCAAGCGGUGCACCGCCUCCGACCACAGCACCAACGUCCACCGAGGCAGAAAAGUCAGUCUCGGCAGCGGACCAGUCCAAUCGGAAGAAGGGUAAGGGCAAGGCUGUGAAGCAGGAGAAGCCCGAUUCGAUCGAGGACCAGCGUUCGGGUCUGUACUAUUCCAGCCCCACGCAGAAUCUCGCCGAUGAUAUCCAGAAUAUGCCAGCGGACAGGCAGCCGAGAGACAUCGACGCGGUCAGGCAAUCGGUCGAUCGACGACUCGUUCGGCCCCACACCCCGCACAGAACCAUCCCCGAUUGCGAUGUGGCAGAGGAUGAGGAGAUCAAAGAUGGCGUUGCUCACGCUGAUGUCGGCCCUGAGAUGAAAGAGUUGAAGCGGCAAAAGAAACAGCUGGAGCGCCUGACGAAACAGACUCAGGAAACGCUUGCAAAGCUCAAGAACGAGAUGUUCGAGGCGGAGUGUCUCAAGGAGAGGAUCACAGAGACCUACGAAGACUCCAUACUGCCGAGAGUGCGCGAUGUCGAGAGUGUCUGCCAGAGAAUGAAGUCAGAAGCCCCCUGGAAUUAUGACAUGAAUGCGUUCAAGAAGAGCGUGAAGUCUCAGUUAAAGCAGGGGUUUCAAGAACCGAACAUCCAGGCCUUAGUGAGAGAUAUGCUCAAGCGGUUUGAGUCAGACCAGCGUCAACUCUUGAAAGAGAGUCAGAAUGUAAACUCUCAACAGGCCGCGAGUCUCGAGGAGGCACGGAAGAUAAACUUCCAACUGGCCGCGAGUCUCCAGGAGGCACAGAGGAUAAACUCCCAACAGGCCGCGAGUCUCAAGAAGGCAACGACCGACUUGGCGGCGAUGCGCUCUGCGUUCAGCAAGCUGGAGACGGAUUUGAAGGAUACAGACAAGAAAGUCGACGCCUAUGGCCUUUGGCGCAUGUAUGGCGAUACCCAGGCAUUUGUCAAUCUCAUGACGUGGCAACAUGACCUGUUCGAGAAGGGCUUGAGACCCGGACCGGGGACGCCAUGGGCCAGGUGGACCUCAGAGACCUAUCAGCGGCAAGUCGCAAUUAUGAAAGCGGAUCUUUCAGAGCUGGAGGAAUUGAUUGGUCUCGAAGAUCCAGACCAGCAACAUACGAUCCGUUUCGAAGAACGACUGGAAGCUGCACGGGCAGCGGCCGAGGAGAAGGAGAGGCGCGAGGCAGCCGAUGCAUCCACUGAUACCGUGGCACCAGACGAGGGAACCCCGGCGCCUGGACCAGCCGAUCAACUGCAGACCGCCGGCAACGGCAGCGCUACACAAGCGCCCGCUGGUCGCGGUCUCGGUGGUACAGCUCGCGGCGGCCAUCAAGCGGGUCCAGCUCGCGGCGGCCAACAAGCGGGUCCAGCUCGCGGCGGCCAUCAAGCGGCUACAGCUCGCGGUGGCCAGCACACGAAUACAUCCCGCGGUGGCGGUCCACCACCCAGUGGAUCCCGUGGUUCACCACGCGGCAAUGGACCACCAGUCUCUGCCCCUCGCGGUCCAUCUCGUGGCGGCGGUGCCACGCUUUGGGGGGGAAGAACUCAGUUCUUUCCACCACGCGGUGGUGCUCCUCGCUGA